AUGGGAAUUUGUACAAGUAAUAAAAGCAACAGAGUUCAUAAUCAGAAUAAUCAUCAUGAAAUAGAUUAUAAACCUUUUAUUUUUGACACAUCAAUAGUACCUGAGUAGUAGCCGUAAGUGAAUACAAAGUAAACAAAUACUGUGGCUGAUCGAAUUAUUCCCUAGCACAAUAAUACUGACCAAACUAAAACAGAAUAUGAUCGCGUUUUCCAAGAAAUGUAAUGUAUUAAGCUCAUUUUAGGCAAAAAAAAUAAUAAGCAAAAUUUGAGGAUUCAAAAUUUCCUCCAAAUAAAUGUAGUCUUUCAUCAGAUCCUAAUUUUCAAAAAGGAAAAAACAUUGUCUGGAAGAGGCCAGACCAAUUUUUAGAGCCAGGUUAAAUUAAAUUGUUUGAUGUAAUAUCUAUUUAACUAUUUAGACAAUCGAUCCUAUGGACAUCAAGUAAGGUGAGCUUGGAGAUUGCUAUUUUUUAAGUUCAUUAUCAGCUUUGGCUGAAAUUCCAUAAUAAGUAUAAAAAUUAUUCCGACAUCAAGAAUAUUAAUAGAAUGGUAAGAGUAAUUUCUAAACAUAAAGGGCUUUAUGGAAUUUUUAUGUGUAAUAAUGGAAUAUUACAAGAGUGUGUGGUUGAUGAUUAUAUUCCCUGUAAUUAGAAAGGAUAUCCAAUAUUUUCUAAAGCAAAUGGAAAUGAAUUAUGGGUCCUUCUUUUGGAAAAAGCAUAUGCUAAAAUCUAUGGAUCCUAUAAUAAAAUAGAAUAAGGUUUAGCAGGUUAUGCAUUAAAAGAUUUAACCGGAGCUCCAAGUGAAUAUUUUAUCAGAAAAGCUGAAACCUUAGAAGAUGCUGAUUUAUGUUGGGAUUUUAUGGAGAAAAAUGAUAAAGAAAAAUAUAUACUAACUGCAUCUUCAGAAACAAAUGAAUAAGGUAUGGAAUAAGAUAAUGGAAAUGGUAUAGUAUCUUAACACUGCUAUGCAAUAUUGGAUUUAUAAAGAGUCAUUGCAAGUGAUGGGCAACCUGAUAGAAUAAUUAGGAUUAGAAAUGUAUAAAUUUAAAGUGAAUUUGUAUAGCCUUGGGGUAGAAAAGAAUGGACUAAAGACUGGAGUGAUAGUUCUUCAAAAUGGACCCCUGAAUUAAGAGAGAGAUUGCAAGUUUAGCAAAGAGAUGAUGGAAUUUUUUGGAUGAGUGUUAAUGAUUUUAUAACUGAAUUUAGUUCUGUUUGUGUAUGCAAAUUUAAACCAGAUUAUUUAUACACUGCUACACCCCUUAAAGUUUAGAAAUCAGAUGUUGUAACUAAAAAAGUGAUUUUGAUGAAGGUUUAUGAAUAAGCACAUGCAUUUAUAUCAUUAACCUAAUCAGAUAAACGCUUUUUCUAGAAAGGUCAUUAAUAUUCAUUAGCCAGAUUAAUUAUAGGACAAUUAGAAACAAAUAAAAAAGAGGUUUUACAUUAUUCAGGUUCUGCUUUUGAGAAUGAAAGGGAUAUUGUAGUUGAGAAAGUAUUUGAGCCAGGAUAUUAUGCACUAUACGUUGAAGUAGAUUGGACAUAAAAUUAUGAUCGAUAUCUAGCAGUAUCAUGUUAUGGAUCAAAAUCAGUUUAAUUUAGUGAGUUAGAAUUUACAGCUGGUUAAGAAAAACUCAUUAUUGAUAACAUUUUCGAUGGGUUUUUAAGAGCGCAUGAGAGAGACACAGAUGAAGAAAAAGUUAAAGAUAUUGAACCUGGAAUCAGAAGAAUUUCAGGAAUGGUUGGUGGUUAUCUUUAUUAUUGGUAUCAAAAUUAAACAACCAUAAAAACACUUCAUGAGAUUCUUUAGUUAAAUAAAAUAUAAAAUUUGGAGAUAUGUCCACCUUAUUAAAAUCCAAACGAGGUAAAAAUUUAAUGCAAUCCUUUAUCAACAGUUAUGGUUAAAUAUAGAGUUACCAAACAAGGUGGAGGUUCUUUUGGAUACUCAUUNAUAUUUUCUAAAGCAAAUGGAAAUGAAUUAUGGGUCCUUCUUUUGGAAAAAGCAUAUGCUAAAAUCUAUGGAUCCUAUAAUAAAAUAGAAUAAGGUUUAGCAGGUUAUGCAUUAAAAGAUUUAACCGGAGCUCCAAGUGAAUAUUUUAUCAGAAAAGCUGAAACCUUAGAAGAUGCUGAUUUAUGUUGGGAUUUUAUGGAGAAAAAUGAUAAAGAAAAAUAUAUACUAACUGCAUCUUCAGAAACAAAUGAAUAAGGUAUGGAAUAAGAUAAUGGAAAUGGUAUAGUAUCUUAACACUGCUAUGCAAUAUUGGAUUUAUAAAGAGUCAUUGCAAGUGAUGGGCAACCUGAUAGAAUAAUUAGGAUUAGAAAUGUAUAAAUUUAAAGUGAAUUUGUAUAGCCUUGGGGUAGAAAAGAAUGGACUAAAGACUGGAGUGAUAGUUCUUCAAAAUGGACCCCUGAAUUAAGAGAGAGAUUGCAAGUUUAGCAAAGAGAUGAUGGAAUUUUUUGGAUGAGUGUUAAUGAUUUUAUAACUGAAUUUAGUUCUGUUUGUGUAUGCAAAUUUAAACCAGAUUAUUUAUACACUGCUACACCCCUUAAAGUUUAGAAAUCAGAUGUUGUAACUAAAAAAGUGAUUUUGAUGAAGGUUUAUGAAUAAGCACAUGCAUUUAUAUCAUUAACCUAAUCAGAUAAACGCUUUUUCUAGAAAGGUCAUUAAUAUUCAUUAGCCAGAUUAAUUAUAGGACAAUUAGAAACAAAUAAAAAAGAGGUUUUACAUUAUUCAGGUUCUGCUUUUGAGAAUGAAAGGGAUAUUGUAGUUGAGAAAGUAUUUGAGCCAGGAUAUUAUGCACUAUACGUUGAAGUAGAUUGGACAUAAAAUUAUGAUCGAUAUCUAGCAGUAUCAUGUUAUGGAUCAAAAUCAGUUUAAUUUAGUGAGUUAGAAUUUACAGCUGGUUAAGAAAAACUCAUUAUUGAUAACAUUUUCGAUGGGUUUUUAAGAGCGCAUGAGAGAGACACAGAUGAAGAAAAAGUUAAAGAUAUUGAACCUGGAAUCAGAAGAAUUUCAGGAAUGGUUGGUGGUUAUCUUUAUUAUUGGUAUCAAAAUUAAACAACCAUAAAAACACUUCAUGAGAUUCUUUAGUUAAAUAAAAUAUAAAAUUUGGAGAUAUGUCCACCUUAUUAAAAUCCAAACGAGGUAAAAAUUUAAUGCAAUCCUUUAUCAACAGUUAUGGUUAAAUAUAGAGUUACCAAACAAGGUGGAGGUUCUUUUGGAUACUCAUUAAAAUCUUAAACAUCUGUUAUUUAAGUCAAAUCAGAAUAAGAUAUUAUUUAACAAGCUAUUCAAUAAGCAGACUAAAAAGUAUAAAGAAGCAUUGAAGGAUAAGUAUUUAAAUAUAAAUAUUAAGAACAUAUAAGUCUUCUUUUAUAUUGUUAAGUAUCCAGCAGGAGUUGCUUUCUACUAUGAAAAUAAAGAAUCUAGAAUAUAUCAAGAGACCAUUUAAUUAGAAGUCUCUAAUCUGAAAGGAAUAGAAUUAGAUAUUACUUAAAAUGUAGUCAUAGUAAUCCCCCCUGGAUAAUCUAAACUGAUUUAAUUGCAAUCUAUAGAUCCAAGCUAAGGAUAUUCAUAUAAAUACUCAAUUUCAUAUACAUUAAUGUGAAUGAAAAAUUGACAAAUUAGGC